GAUCAACACUCUGUGGUAGGCCAGGGAGCUGGCCCCACUCCAAACUCCAGUUCUUGCUCAAAUCCAAACACUGGAAGUGGUUACAUGAACUCAUCCCAGCAAUCAAUGUUGAAUCAGCAACUGAUGGAAAAGAAACAGGCUCUGCAGCGGCAAAUGAUGGAGCAAAAACAACUCCUUCUACAGCAGCAGAUGUUGGCAGAAGCUGAGAAAAUCACUCCACAAGAUCAGCUGAACAGACAUUUGACACGACCACCACCAGAUUAUAAAGACCAAAGAAGGAACGUGGUCAACAUGCAACAAGCAAACCAAUAUCCUGGUGGUUCACCAGCUGUGAGUAUGAGCUCCAACAUGUCCUUAUCCAACCCAAUUUCCGCUCAUAGCAUCAUGCCCCAGAGUUCUAGCCUCAUGUCCACCCCCUCUGGGACCCGAAUGCCUUCUGUUCCUGCUGCUCGGAGUAUGGGCUGCUACGGAAACCUUCCUUGCAACCAACCAAGCGCAUACAACGUGACUACAGGAAUGAACCAAAUGCAGCCACACAGAAACCAAAAUCAAGUCCUGCCCAGUCAGAAUAACCCCAUGAUGUCUCGACAGCAAACCAUGACACAGGGGAACAAUGUAGCAGCUUUUGGGACGGGGUCAGUGGUCAACUCGCAGCAAGUAAGGCCAAGCUUGAACCACGGAGCCACAGGUAUCCCCGCGCAAAGGCCGGCCAAUGUGAUGAUCACGGCUACUGCCACCGCCCAGAACUGGGCUCCGCAAGAAGCUGCGGUGAAGCAGCAGGAUGCACUGAAACCCACAGGGGUCCGUUUCCCCACCGGCACUCCAUAUUCUAACCAGUCUUUGCAACGCAACGUAGGCACCCAGCAUUUUCCUCAGCGUGCAUUGGCACCUCCUAAUCAGUUAACAGCGGGAGUCCAAAUGAGGUCUCCUCCAAACCAAAUGCACCAGACUCUAAAUGGACAAUCUGCUGGCUCACUACGAGGUCUCAGCAUAAGACCUAACCAGCUGAGAGGACAGACUGUGCCUACCUUGAAUCAGCCAGGAACAACUAUGACACCUCCGUCAUCUCUGCCAUCAACCAGUUUCACAUCUACCAACCAAAACUCUCGGGCUUACCAAGGAAGUGACCAUGGUAAUGACCUAGCAUUUGACUUUCUGAACCAGCAAGGUGACAGUAUAGGACCUGCACUCAACAGUGACUCAGACUUUAUAGAUUCUUUACUGAAAACCGAACCUGGUAAUGAUGACUGGAUGAAAGACAUCAACCUCGAUGAAAUUUUGGGGAACCACUCGUAA